UAAACAGUAUAUUUGAUUGAUUUCACAGCUUUAAAAUGUAGUCAUUUUUUUAGUGUAAAUUGUUUCACAGUAAAUCACAGUAAAACUCUAGGUAAAAAAUGAAUCGAUCGUCCAACACACCGGACCGCCUACAUACGAUCGCGCGCGAACUCCAUUUCCCAGCGCGCAUCGCGCCGCGCGAUGUUUCCCACAGCUGACAGACAGCGAGCAGACGCUCGCAGCACGCGCAGUUCGCACGACGCGCUCGUCCGCGCCGCUUCCACAGCGCACUCGGGUCUGGGAUUACCCACAGCCAGAUAUCUUCAUUUCUCCAGAUCCCGUUUCCGAGCUCGUCCGCACGCGAUCCGCGCUGUCUGAUGGCACGCAUCUGCAGCGCAUGUGGAUCCUAUAACCGCUUGUAGUUGCGAUAUCUCCGCGAUCCACGCCGAGCCCAAUGCAGUGGGAUGGAUGGUGGUAGAGUGGGGGUGAUGAUGGUGGAGGAGAGUGAUGAACAGAGGGACAGCAGCGGCGGCGGCGGCGGCGGCGGCGUCCGUGGCGCUGCGAUGGCCGCGUUACACCAGUGCGAGCUAAUCCAGAACAUGAUCGACAUCUCCAUCUCCAGUUUACAAGGGCUCCGGACCAAAUGCGCGGCGUCCAACGAUCUCACCCAGCAAGAGAUCCGCACUUUAGAGGUCAAGCUCAUGAAGUACAUCUGUAAGCAGCUGCAGUGCAAGCAGAAGGUGCCAGACACGGAGCGGCCAUCGGCCCUGGACAGCUACCCGCGGCUUGUAGACUGGUUACGCACCAUCAACGUCAGACCUGAGCUCAUAGAGACUGUGAGCAAAAAGCUGUCAUUGGAUGCUCUGCUGCAGAUGCCCAGUAGUCAGGUGCAGGAAACCAUGAGGAGGCUGGGCUCUAGUUCAGAGGAGUGUACCAGACUGUGUGCUGCACUCAACUGUUUAAAGAGUGCCUCUGAGUCAGGGGAGUUUAAAGAGGACAGCCCUUGCUGGUUCUCCGAACCCACGAGACGAGACAGCGGCGGUUUGACUCCAGUGGAUCAGAUCCCAUUACUAGGAGGUCCCAUACGAUCCCACAGUCCUUCCCCUCUGGCCCGCCCCCCAAACACACCCUCCACCCCCCUGGCCACCUGCCUGUAUCCCCGCUACAUCCUGUCUCCCGGUGAGGUUCACAUCUCCCACGGCUACGCCGAGAGUCUGACCGACCCCAGCCCGUAUUACACCUCCCGACCCAUCCGACUCCACGGGCGCACCUCGACUCCGCCCAUAACCCCGCCCUCCAGGAGAAGGCACCGCCUCAAGCCCCCGUGCACUCCACCUCCGCCCUCUCGCAAGGUUUUGCACCUCCUUCCCAACAUCACGAUGACUCGCAGCAAGAGCCACGAGAGCCAGCUCGGCCACCGCAUCGAGGACACGCCCACAAAAAAGUGCGUGAAGAAGAACAAGCUGUUUCUGAACGUCCAGAUAAACGGAAACGGCUGCGAGGACCCUUCGACGCGCUCGCCCACUCUUUGUGCGCGGACCCCCGGAGCGACACCCUCCACUGCACCAUACACCCUGCCGGGCACCCCCACCCUUCAGGAAGAGCACAGCAGCCUGAGGAAUAACGUGACCGUCCACCGCAGUUCGCCUCAGGCUCUGAGGAGAGACAUCGGUCUGGCUGUCACUCACAGGUUCUCUACAAAGUCUUGGCUCUCUCAGACGUGUCAGGUGUGUCAGAAGAACAUGAUCUUUGGGGUGAAGUGUAAACACUGCAGGUUAAAGUGUCAUAACAAAUGCACUAAAGAAGCUCCACCCUGCAGGAUCUCCUUCCUGCCCAUCACGAAGAUUCGUAGGACAGAAUCUGUACCCUCUGACAUCAACAACCCUGUGGACCGUCCACCUGAAGCGCCGCAGUUUGGGACGCUGCCAAAGGCAAUAACCAAGAAGGAUCAGCCUCCAGCGCUGAAUCAGCUGGAUUCCAGCAGUAAUCCGUCCUCCACCACUUCCUCUACGCCUUCCUCUCCCGCCCCCUUCCAGCAGAGCAACCCCCCUAGUGCAACCCCGCCCCCAAACCCCUCCCCUAAGGGCCACCGUGACAACCGUUUCCACUUUCCAGCUGCCUGUUAUUUUCAGCACAGGCAGCAGUUUAUCUUUCCCGAUGUGUGCAAUUCCAGUGUGCUUCAUUUAGACGGACUCCCCGACACAGUUAAUGAAAUCGAUGCCUCAGUGGAAGAGAUGCAUGCCGAACAAGAUGAGGAAAACGACCGAGAGGACCUGGAAGAGGAAGAAGAAGAGGAAAUAGAGGCAGAGGAAGACGACGACGUAGCUGUUGAGGAAGAAGAUGAAGACCUCGAGGACGAAGAGGACAUGGAGGAGCUGAACGCCGGCUCGGAGGGAGAAUGCGAAGGAGACGAGCUGGACGAUCUGCCGAGCACGCGGGGAGGAACGCACUGGAAGGGUCCCAUCUCUCGAAAAGCCAGUCAGACCAGCGUCUACCUGCAGGAGUGGGACAUUCCCUUCGAGCAGCUGGAUCUGGGGGAGCUCAUCGGCAAAGGCCGCUGGGGUCGGGUUCAUCGCGGACGGUGGCACGGAGAGGUGGCCAUCCGGCUCCUGGAGAUCGACGGGAACAACCAGGACCACCUGAAGCUCUUUAAGAAGGAGGUGAUGAACUAUAGACAGACGAGGCACGAGAACGUCGUCCUGUUUAUGGGAGCGUGCAUGGCCCCUCCUCAUCUUGCCAUCAUUACCAGCUUUUGCAAAGGCCGGACGUUGUAUUCUGUUGUCAGAGACACAAAGAACACAUUGGACAUUAAUAAGACACGACAGAUCGCACAGGAAAUUGUGAAGGGGAUGGGCUACCUUCAUGCUAAGGGAAUCGUCCACAAGGAUCUUAAAUCCAAAAAUGUCUUUCACGACACCAACAAAGUUGUCAUCACAGAUUUUGGUCUUUUUGGAAUCUCUGGUGUGGUUCAGGAAGGACGACGAGAAAAUGAGUUAAAACUUCCUCACGGUUGGAUAUGCUACCUGGCUCCGGAAAUCGUACGCAAGAUGAGUCCCGGAAACAACGAGGACAGACUUCCGUUUUCAAACGCUGCUGAUGUUUAUGCUUUUGGCACCAUCUGGUACGAGCUGCAGGCGAGAGACUGGCCCAUCACCAGUCAGCCUGUUGAGGCCACCAUCUGGCAGGUGGGCAGCGGAGAGGGCAUCAGAAGGGUCCUGGCAGAGAUCAACUUAGGAAAAGAGGUCACGGAGAUUUUGUCCGCUUGUUGGUCGUAUGACUCCCGCAACCGGCCCACGUUCACCCAGCUGGCUGACAUGCUGGAGAAACUGCCCAAGCUCAACCGACGACUGUCUCAUCCUGGGCAUUUCUGGAAGUCUGCAGAGUUGUAGCUGUGUGCCUGAAACAAUGUGCAAUGCAAAACACACAAACUGGCUCUGCCUUGCAUGCCUGCUGAACACCUGACCUCUUCUGGACUUACAAACUAACCAUCGUCUGCUCUUCCGUCUCUAACUUUCUGGUUCUGUGGGUGGCGGUGGGGGGACUGCUGUAGCGAUGCGUGAAAUGAAACGCUUUGCCUUUUUUAUUCCGGAUUAAUUUUCUUGUGUGAAGUGUGUGACUGGUUCUCUCUCCUGCUCCAGUUUGUGAUGUCAUGUGACACAUUACCAGGAUUUAUCGACACUGAAAUGAAGAUGCUCUUUCACUCUCGCUCUUUCUAUCUCCUUCUUUCUCUUGUGGUCUUGGUGCCUCUUAGUCCUGCGUGAUGUGGGGAUUCUGGCUAUGAUUGGACCGUCUGGUUCAUGUUAACACACCUUUUGUUUUCACACUUUCUCACACAGUGUCUGACAGUGGGCGUUUUCGUAGCACGAAUGAUAAUAAUGUUAUUAAUGGAGACAUUUUUGUGUCCUAUCCAGGCGUGAUGCAACACCGGUGACAUUUAAAUUUGUCCUCACCGAAUGCGAAAUAUGAUGUUACACAGAUAAGUAGAGCAAGAUUUGGACCUAUGAAAUUUUACAGAGGGCAUGGCUUCAUAGAAAUAGAAACUGUCCCGAAAAAAGAAACAAACUGUCAUGUUGCUUGUCCCGGUGACAGCUGAUAAAGAUUUAAAAAAUGUAAAUUUACAGACGCUUGCCACUUUAUCGUGUUACGCCUGGUUAGGAUUUGUUGUGAGGGUCUGUCUGAUGUAGUUUUUAUUAAAUGUAGAAAACCGACAGCUAUCUGAAGCUGACGAAAACUGAGCGGGUUUAUAAAACGUUUACCCUCUCGAAAUUAUUAUACCUGGCACAGAUUGCGAAAAAUGAGCCAAAGAGAAGCGUUGUAUGUCUUCUCAUCUGACUGAAGUGGAUCUGUUUGCACCAGUAGAAGAAGAGCUAGAUUUACCCAGCAGAAAAGUGUUUCAUAAUAAGUUGUGUAUACAUGAACUCUCAUGUGUGUUUGUGUGUAACGUGCGUGUUUGUAACGUGUAUGUGGAAGGGUGUGCGUUCGUUCGUUUUGUGAAAGACUGGACUUCGUGGUUUGGAAAUAUGAAUGACAUGAAAAUAUUUAUGUAUAAAUAUGGUUUAUUUAGUGUACAGGCAAUGAACAGAAUUCUUUUAAUAUUUAUAUGGACAUUUUAUAUCAAUAUAAAUAAAUAUAUAUACUGUACAUCAUGACAUUUUUGAAUAGGUAUUGCUGUCCUAUCCCAGAUGUAAAUAUUCUUUAUAUUUUUUCAUGAAAAGAAAACAAAAACAAACCUGUAAAGCAAACUUUUUUUAGAAUGGGUCGAUACAUGUCAUAUUUUUGUAUUGCAUGUGGCUACUGUACACAGUGUCUCUUCUCAUCCUUGAAAGACAAUAAAACCAAGCUUGUCACGUGA